ACGAUACAGGCAAAAUUCUUCGUGCCCUCACUUUAUAACCCUAAAAUCAGAAAAUUUCCUCCGGCAUCAUAUCAUACCGGUACCAGUACCGUGGGGGAAAUUCCGGCAGACCCAUCUUGAAUACCAAUCCCGCUGUAUACUGCGUCGACUAUUACCUAUAUGAUCUCGAUGAUCUCAGCGAUAUGUCGGGGCGCUCGAGCUCCAGGAUGGCAGUUGGCCGCCGCAAAUCCAAUUCGGAUGCGCCCAUUCACUGCAAAGGUACGCAAUCUACACCUAGCGAUUUUCCCUGCCUUGUUUUAACUUGCGGUCCUUAAAGGCUCCACUUUUUGAUGAGAAACCACUUGCGCAAUCCCACGAGCAAUUUGACGGGCGAUCCAACGAGCAAUCCAACGAGCAAUCCAACGAGCAAUCCAAUAGGCAAUCCGGUGAGCAAUCGGACGGGCAAUCCUACGGGCAAUCCAACCGGCAAUCCUACGAGCAACCUAGCGAGCAAUUCGCUGCGGCCGUGAGAAGACCGAUAUUUCGACGAACCAUGUUACCCAUUUAUGGGGCGGGGCGAACCCCGUCAUCGGAUGUGAUAGCAUGCAUAGAAGAAGAUGAGAUGAACGAAAUCCUGUCAGGCCGUACACGAUACCUGUACCGAAAAUUCUUCUUCAAUGAGUCCACGAGAUAUGUCUGGCUGUAUGUUAAGAGACCGGUUGGGAAGCUUUCUCAUAUCGCAGAGAUCGGGGAUUGCAAGUUUGUUCCUCAGGAAAUCGAGAUGUUGCCCUAUUACACAAAAAAGCGGAUGGAAGCCAUGCAUGAAGCCGGCGCCGCCGACAGAUCAAGGAGGAUCCAGAGUGAUGCUGGAGAGGGCUCUGCUGAUGGGGGUGUUGGAGCUCUUCCUAAUAUAUCCUACUACUCUGAGGAUCCCCGGAGGUUUGAAAUACCUGGUCUCCCGCGAUAUGCUUUCCUGAUCCGCCACUUCUGGGAGAUAACCUCACCCUCGCAUGGGAUUACCUGCGAGGAGCUGUGGGAGAGGAGAUUCUUGCUGUCCCCGCCGCCUCCGAAAUAUAUGGUUGCCCGGAAUCAGAUGGUGGCGUUCAUGCCGUUAGAGAGACAGAGGAAGUUGUUUUGA